AUGUUUGUCAAAUACAUCGUCGCUCUUCUUCCCUUGAUGGCUUUCGCGGCUCCGACCGUCGACUCGUCCGUAACCACCGUUUCCGAUUAUAAGGUUGCUGGUAUUGUUGUCAUAAAACCUGCCGGAUAUUCCGACUCUGAGUUUGUUACAAAAUUCGUCGGAGAAUGUCUUGCCAAAGACACUAAGUCUGUUUAUUCUGUCCAGAAAAGUAUCACAUUCGAAGAUCGCUACACACUCGCUUGUGCCGGCGCGAUCGAAGUUGACAAAGUCUAUCAGUACAAUGGCAAAACAUACGCUAAAGAAGUGUGUACGGAGAUUGGGGCCAUCAUUGUUAAAAGCGUCACCGUUACGUACAAUUGA